UCCCCGUUACGUACUUCUGGUUUCGCUAACGAAUGGGUUUAAUGCUAAUUUGCUCUGUGCAAUACUGCUGAGACAACUGUAGGUUAUUCAAAAUCCAUAAAGUGAAAAAUAUUUGUUUUAUGACUUAUUAACUUUCUCCAGGAAUUUUAUUUUGGAACCUUUUGGAACUUCGCUCUUAACAAGUUUUGAAAGCUGUCCCCCACAUCUUUAAAAAGUAGUUAAAACUAUCUCUGUCUUGACCCUGCGUCCUAAGAAUUUUAAGACUGUAGGACGACACUUUGCCAUCCUACAUAAGUCUUAAUCUUAUAAAACCGGGGACGUUUAGCUACAGAAACAGUUAUUGCAUUUUAUUGCUGAAGUGUCCUAGCUGUGAUGACAGUACGUGUGUGCUAUAGUUAAGUAGGGUUGAAAUUGCAGCCAUUUCGUAGUUGGUAAAUAGAGUAGUAGACGUACUACCACUCCGUCGCAACAGAGGGCGCUAAAGGGAGCACGAGAUAUUUUUAUCUCCGCACCUGAUUGGUCUAUUCGUGUUCUCUCCGGUCGGCGGUUUGUUUGUAUCGAACUGCCGCGGUUACCGUGCGAGCUGUACGGAACCGGCGGGUUUACUUCCCGUAAUUACACCCCCACGUACAACUCUUGAGCUAACCUUAGAUAUCCGAACGACCGGGUGGUGGCAGAAUGGAUGAAUCUGCGAAACGUUUGCUGCAGCGACUCAUGCGACGGAUACCGACUACGACGCUGCGCAGCGCGCUGGAGAAGUGGGGCCGUUUGACGACGGAGCAGCUGAAGUCAAUGGAUUUCACGCAGUCUAAAUGGGCCUUAACGGAAAAGCUGCUCAGCAUAUGCGAGGAAAAGGAGCUGGGAGUGAAACAACUCACAGACCUUGAGAUGAUACAUAUUAUUGACAAUCCAGACCAGGGCAUGUGGUAUGCCUUCCAGCUCAUGGACCCUGAAGAUGAUGCUCAAUCUGUAGAGCUGACGCAGUUUAAGGAACAAUUUAAAUCCCACCUUAGAGAGCUUGUGAGAAAUGUGUCUAUCAAAAUAAAGAAGCACACAGAUGAGGCUGUAUGGAUUCGUAUUGCAUGGGGAGACACGUUCUCUCGACCCAACCACCUCAAACCAACAUACGUUGUUCACUAUCUUCAAACCCCGUAUGUCUUUGUGACUAGCAUCACUUCAAAGCAGAAGCCUCCGUUAUCCCAGGCCUUGGUUCUGUCCACCAGAUAUCAAGCUAUCAAGGAUGCAAACCUCAGUGGACGUAAACUCACUGCCAUUAGGGACCUUCUGAUGAAGAAGUAUCAACAGGUGUUUCCCACCAAGUAUCCAAUUCCUCCUCCAGAAAAUCAAGCCAUCUCAAACCCACACAUAGAAAAAGAACAAGCUGAGCUUGCAGCAAACCGACUUCAGAUGGCCAGUGAGGCCUUUGGUGGCGGGGUGUUACCUCAGCUACAGUCUGCCGUUUACAAGCUGGAGACAAAAUUCAGAGACCACUCCAACAAGACCAUGACUGAGCGGGAGGAACCCUUCAGAUGUGUUGUCAAAUUUACAAGCACUAAUCUCCUGGAGUCAUUUCGACACUGCUCAUCUUCAGGAAUUGCCUCCACCCCUGUCACACCGCUGCUCUCAUGUAUCCCCCUAAAAGGAAGAAAUUAUUUUGUCAUCACAGACAAUGGUCCUGGUCCCUCAUCACAAACGUGCCAGCCACAGGUUUAAAGGAUUCACUGUGUGGCCUGUAAUGUCUAGUUCACCCCGUGGUUAGCUUUUAUCAACCCUGUCUGCUUAAUUGUUAACAUGUACUGACAUGUUGGCCAUAGAUUAUUUUAUUAUCUUUUGUUGUGUCAAAGUGGCAAAAUGUUAUUGCCAUGAAGUGUACAAAUUAAAUAAAAAGCAAGAUUUUUAACAUUCUUGUAUUUUCUUCAUGUAAAUUCUUCCCCACUGUAAUCAUGU